AGCAGACAUCGCAUAAAGGAAAAGCGGCGAGGAUAACAACCUGCAAGAACGACCCUCCGCUCACCGUUGAUGAGGGAACAUGUCCGUAAUUGAUACUUUGGCCUGGUUUCAGCCAGAGAUCGGCCCUCGCUUGAAGCCAAGCAUCGAGUUUGUCUUCCGUCAAUGGAGUGGCCUAACGGGCGAGGAAUUGGAAUCGCAUUUACAUCGAAUCCGCGAGCAAGCAUGGCCACUGGGAGAGUUUCCGUGCAUCGGUCUCUGGAUGUUCCUGCUCCCGGGCAUCGCGGCCUUUCCCCAAUUUCCUACUAUCCUCGAAACAGUCCGACGGCCUCGGGCCAAAAUCCUGGAUCUCGGAUGUGGACUGGGCCAGGAUCUGCGACUACUGGCCGCGCAUGGCGUUUCGACCGAUCGCAUGUGGGCGUUGGACAUCGAGCCCCAUCUGUGGAAGCUGGGCUACGAGCUAUUUCGCGACGAGGGGCGCAUGCAAGCCUUGUUCAUUCAUGCCGACUUCCUAAAAGUGAAUAUCGCUGGUGAUGACCGAUUUUCCCCGCUGAGGGGGCAGGUAGACCUGGUGCUAGCGUCGCAAUUCCUGCACCUAUUUGACUGGGAAGGCCAGUUGGCGGCGAAUAAGCGGAUAGUUGGUUUGUCUAAGCCAGGAACCAUGCUCGUGGGGUUUCAGCAGGGGCGUAAACGAGCCAGGGCUUACAUUCGUCCCUGGGGCAUGAUGUUCUAUCAUAACCGAGAUUCAUUUCUGGAAUUGUGGGCAUUGGUUCAGCAGCAGACUAACACCCAAUGGACGGUCGAUGUCAGUGCAGUCGCUUUGCAAGAUUGGGGCAUGCAGAAUGAGGAUUUGGAAUGGAUGCCCGAGGAUCGUACAGGGAUAAACUUUGUAAUUACGAGAGACUCGUGAGAGGUUCUAACGGCGUCGAUUAAUGAUCUACAUCAAUGGGC